CAUGUCAUUUUGUGCAUUUCGCAUCUAACACACAAUCUGUAUUUAUUCGAUUUAGACGAUGAAAUUGAGAUCAACAAAAGCUCUAGUCACUGUGGCUCUUCUUGGGACCAUCUCAUUUGCUCAAGAAGACACAACUUCUUCCCCUGAAGAAGAUCCAUUGGCUCCGCAGAACGAUGAUGCUGACCUCCUUCUCAAACCCCUGAUCGCAAAGGAUCCUAGAACUCGCGGCCAACGAGGCCCAUUCGCAGCUAUGACAGGAAGCUACGGAAGAGGGGGAUAUGGUGGAAGUGGUGGAGGAGCAUUCGGAGGAUUCAAUGGAGGAUAUGGUCAAGGAGGAUACGGCGGAGGUGGUGACUUUGGCGGCGGCAUGGGAGGCGGUGGAUAUGGAGGCGGUGGAUACGGUGGUGGAGGCGACGGAGGCGGCGGCUACGGUGGAUACGGUGGCGGAGGAUACGGUGGAAUGGGCGGAGGACCUGGUGGAUACGGAAUGGGAGGAUAUGGAGGAGGCGGCGGCGGUGGUGGAGACUUCGGAGGAUAUGGAGGCGGUGGAAUGGGCGGUGGUGGAUAUGGCGGAGGUGGUGAUGGAGGAUAUGGAGGAGGUGGAUUCGGUGGAGGCGGCAUGGGAGGAUACGGAGGAGGAAUGGGAGGCGGUGGAUAUGGCGGAGGUGGUAUGGGAGGAGGAGGUUAUGGAGGCGGCGGUGAUGGAGGAUAUGGACCAAGCGGUGGAUAUGGAGGAGGCUAUGGACCAGGAGGUGGAUACGGGAUGGGAGGAGGUGGCGGCGGCGGUGGAUGUCCGAAUGGAGAGUGCCGUGGAAAGAAGUAACCGUUUCCUGCUAACUUAUUUUAAUUUAUUGCCUUAUUUUGUGUUUGUAGUAAAGUUUUUUUGCAUUCUU